AGCUAGAUGCGGAACUAGGCCGACGUAGAACAAAUUAUUGCGUUGUUCACAAUAAUAAUACGAAUUUGUAGACUUUUAUUCUGCUCACAAUGUCUAAACUACAGUUGCUGAAUGCGUAUGUUACUGAACGACUAACGGCGGCUGCUACAGAGAUCUCCGUAGCCAUAGAGACAACAGUAGUAGAGUUGCAUGAAGAAAUCUCCCGUUCGACGGAGGAGAAUGAUCGUCUACGAAGACUGCUGGAUUUGGUUUUCAACCGACAGAUAAAGUUACACAGAGAUCCCCACCAGCUCACGCUCCCCAAAUCUGAAGAGGAGGUUCCCUCUGUGCAGCAGCACUGUGAGGAGGAGUGGAGCCCCAGUCUGAUUCAGGAGGACCCAGAGCUCACACAGAUUAAAGAGGAACAGGAGGAACUCAGGACCAAUCAGGAGGAAGAGCAGCUUCAAGCACUGGGGGAGGCUGAUCUCAUAAAGUUCAUAUUUCCUCCUGCCUGUGUGAAAAAUGUUUGUGAUCAGGAGAACCCAUCUCAGCCCUCACAUCUUCACCAAACCCAAACUGUGGAGGACAGAGAGAGGGACUCUCUACUCACCUACACAACUGAAGAGAUCAAAACAGAACCAGAUGGAGAGGACUACAGAGUAUCAGAACCAACCAGUGACUCUCCGCCCCUCUCUGCAGUAAAUCCAGACUGUUCUGCAGCUCAGAGUGAAAACAGGGAAAGUGAUGAUGAGGAGAGAGGAGGACUACUGUCAGGGUCUAAGACACUCAAAUCAAUGACAAAACAGACAAAGAAUGGAGAAAGGUUCCAUACCAGUGCUGGAGGCAGGACGGAGACCAUGUUGCCCUGUUUGACAUCAUCUAGUCAAACGGAUGCUGCUCCUUAUUGUUGCAAGGUGUGUAGGAAGACUUUUGUUUCAAACGGUUUUUUAAUUUAUCAUGUGCGAAAAACACACACAGAGCAUAAAGAAUGCCAGUGUGGUGUGUGUGGAAAAUGCUUAAAUUCUACAGAAAGUAUGAUGGGUCACCUACAAACUCAUACUGAAGAAAACAUUUCUUGUCAUGUUUGUGGCAAAUGUUUCUCUAAAAGUGGUGAUCUCAAAACACAUAUUAGAAGUCAUACAGGAGAGAAACCAUAUCAAUGCACUCAAUGUAGUAAAUGCUACACACAGAAAGUACACCUUAAAAAUCAUAUUAGAACUCAUACAGGGGAGAAACCAUUUAGGUGUAAAGAAUGUGGGAAAUACUUCACACAGAAGAAUACCCUGUCCAAUCACAUGAUGAUCCACAGAGGGGAGAAACCGUAUCAGUGUAAAACUUGUGGGAAACGCUUCACUGAAAGUGGAACCCUGAGCAGGCAUAUAAGAGUUCACACAGGGGAGAAACCACAUCAGUGCCAAGAAUGUGGGAAAUGCUUCACUGAGCGUGGAAACCUGACUAAACAUAUAAAGAUCCACAGAAGAGAGAGAUCCUAUUAUUGCAGCUACUGUAGCAUAUGCUUUACUGAUGAAGCUAAUUGUAAAAGACACAUGAACACUGUUCACAAGAGUGAGAACAUAUGACAGUGGAGUGGCAUAAAACCUUCAGAUAUAAAAUAUAAUGUAUAGAACUGACAUGAUCCUGUGCUCUGCGCUACAUGACAGAUAAACAUGUAUUUUCCAUACAUUUCUUCUUCAGCAUGUGGGAGUUUUGUACAUCAUAUUUUCAUCACAUCUUCUACAACUCGUGGUCCUCUGUAGCUCAAUUGGUAGAGCAUGGCGCUUGUAACGCCAGGGUAGUGGGUUCGAUCCCCGGGA